CAGGAAAUAUAUUCUGUGAAAUUGCCUGGAAAUCCAAAGCUUGGUGAAGGGAAACCUGAAAAUCAAAAUCAUGCUAUUAUAUUUACACGUGGAAAUGCAAUACAGACCAUUGAUAUGAAUCAGAGUAAUCAUGAAACUAUGAAAGAAAAGUCUGUCUAACUUGUAUUUGAAAUGAUCAUCAGGGUUCGUAUGCAUUAUGGUCAUCCAGAUGUCUUUGAUAGACUAUUCCAUAUAACUAGGGGUGGUAUCAGCAAAGCAUCUCGCGUCAUAAAUAUUAGUGAAGAUAUUUUUUCUGGAUUCAAUUCAACUUUGUGCCAAGGCAAUGUUACUCACCACGAAUACCUCCUGGUUACUAGACUCUCUCUCGCUGGUUGGCAAGGGACGAGAUGUUGGACUUAACCAGAUUGCUUUGUUUGAGGGGAAAGUUGCAGGUGGUAACGGGGAACAAGUCCUUAGUAGAGAUGUCUACAGGCUUGGGGGAGAAAACAUCCAUAUAUGGUUUGAUUCUGAUUCUAUCAAUUGGGUCUUGGAAUCUCUACCUAAACUGCUUGCCAGUUCAACUUGGGCCUGUGUUAAACUGGAUAUUAAGAGAACACUUGAAAUUGCUAUUGACUCUAAUCGUAGGGGGGAAUAUAUUCGGAUUUUAGAAGCUAGGAAAGAAGGUAACAGGUUCAUUCAUAUCCCCUUUGGAACACACAAUGAUGGGCCUAAUCUGUUCCUUAAGGCUAUUUUGUCCUUUGUAAAGAGAGCACGGUGCUUAAACAAGGCUGAGGGGUUUGGGGAGAUUGGGGAAGUAGGAGAAUCAGGGGCUAUAGCAUUUGAGGUUGCUGUCUUGGGAGAGACUGUGAUUGGUCCAGUUCUCUCUAGGGUGGAGAAUCCUACACUUGCUUUACAAGACACUCUGGUCCUAGAGGAACAUUUGAAGGUUCUUAACGAGGUAGGUGACCCCCUUUCUGAUUCCCAAUCCAAUAAGGUCCUAUCUCAAGAGGUGGUAGAAUCAGCCCAAGUGUAUGAACAGAAGUCUCUAAGUAUUGAAAACCUUGACAUAAGAGUACAAUCUUUGGGAGGGCAGGAUAUACAACAUGGAAACACUACUGAUCUGUCUUUUUGCUCGGUAGAAUUUGUUGAAAAGGAUUUUCAAAAUCUAAAGGAGAACACUGCUCAGGCAGAGCCUUCUUCAUCUUACAAUUCUCAAUACCCCCAGCUUCCAAGAGUGUGCCUAUCCCCAUUUGCUGCCGAGUUCAUCCCACUUAAGCCCAACUCGUAUGCAGCUCUCUUUGAUCAAGUAAAAGACCUGGAAGAAGGCAGCCCUUUCAAGGAUGUUGAUUUUGACAAAAUUGAUGAUGGGAACAUGGUACUUAGCAACAUUGCACUAGAAGACAUCUGGGAAGAAAGAGAGGGGCCUAUUCUUUAUACGCACUCAGAAGGAGAAGACAAGGCCUUCAAUGACAACAUACUCAAACCUCUUUAAAUAGAUUACUCGAGGAUGUUCAAAACACCUUUCGAUUUGGGGAGAGAAUUCAAGGGUAGGCACAUCUACUCUCCUCAAAUAGUAACCCGAAGUAAGGCAAAGAUUUUGGAAGAAGGUAGAAAGAAAACACCAAUGGUAUG